AUGAUGCAGGGGAACAGGAAGUGCACAGAUGGGUUCAGCGAUUCCUCCAGCAUUGGCAGUGUGCUGGAUGAUGCAGACAGGGAGGUGAGCAACCUCACGGACAGGGCAUUCCGAAGCUUGUGCAUCUCAGAGGACACAUCCUUCCAUGACUCUGAUCUGGCUCUGUCUCCCGAUAUCACUGGCCAGGUAUUUGGGACUUUUCACCAGGAAACAGUGAGCCACUCCCACAGGAAAAGUGGCAUUUGGAGCCAGCUUCCAUCACAAGGCACAGAGCAUGCUGGCUGGGCUGCCACCUUCCAACAAUUACCCAAGUAUGUUCAAGGGGAGGAAAAGUACCCCAAAAGCAGUCCCCCACCGCCAGCCCAGAGGAGAUUGGAGGUGCCUGUUUCUGGCCUGAGAAGCAGCAACAAACCCAUUUCCAAAGUAUCAUCACUAAUCAGAUCCUUUGACAGGACUGAGAACCAACCUUGUGACAGCCGGCCUCCUCCCAGCAAGCCUCCAGUUUUCAAAACUACCCCCAAAUUCGCACCUCUCCCAGAUAGUAGUGUCAACUUCUGCUUCGAUUCUGCCUUUUUGACUGUCAGGAGGGUGCCUGCUGAAGUCUCCACCACCCAUCAGAGCAGUCACCAGCCUGGCAGGAUUCAGGGAGAGCAAGAGUCUCCAAAGAACCCAGAAAUGUCCAGUCACAGCUCAGGCAGCCUCCCCCAGACACCUGACCAUGUGGCCAGCUCAUUUGAAUCAAGGUUCCCCUCCCCACCCCACAAGCCAACCAAGGCUGAGCCCGGAAGAGGCAAGGAGUGGACACCCAAGGGGACUUUUCUGCACAGUGAAAAUAGCGCUUUCGAGUCAUGGAACACACACCAACCGAAGCUGCUGGAGAGAAAGGACAUCACCGAAGCCAUCCCAGAAAGCAAAGUUCCCAGACAUUAUGAAGACACACCCUUGAUAAAAGAGCCCUAUCCUGCUGAGCACAAAGUCUCGCCUUGCCAGGGCCGGACCAUCUGUACCCAGGAAGAGAACAGAUCAGCACCAGGGCCCCAGUCCACGUCUAAACCCUGGGGGCUUAAGGAUUCAGGAGCCCAGGUAUUCCCUGUAGAGGGAAAUGUUUCUGUCUCACAGCUUGACCCUCAGGCAAAGCAGAGCCAGCCCCCAUGGAGGAAGCCAAAGGUUGGCAAAAGAGGGAAGGAUGGUUCACAGGAUGCUUUGGAAGAUAAGAAACAGACCAACACAAGAGGCCCACCUCUAUAUUCAAAGCAUAACCCUCAGGGACAACUUCCAGAAAAUGAUGCUCUGGACAUGCCAGGGGACCCCAAUGACCAUUACAGUCCUCCUUUUAACAUUAGUAAGCUUCUCACUCCCAUCAUACCCACCAAGCAUGCCCUGGAGUCUUCAGAUACCCAGCCGGUAGAGAUCAGCCCAUCCCCUCCAGCACAGCUAAACGGAUACCAGGAGAAGGAGCCCAGUGAGGAUCAGACUCAGGACAGCUACAAAUCUAAAGUGCCCAGCCUGCUGUUCAACCUCAAGGACGUUAGGAGGUGUGUUAAGAGUACUUACAGUCCUUUGCCUCGCUUGAAAAGCUUUGAUGAGAAAACCAGAGUUAAGCUUCAUGGCAAGCAAGAACCUGUGAGCAAUGGGGUCGUUCUUCCCAAUGGGCUUGAGGAAAACCUCCCACCUGAGCUUUUGAAGGAGAGGCCAGCUGAUGUUCCUAAUGCUUUGCACAGCAGUACCCAGAGGGCUCCUGCUGCCAACCCCAGUGAGCCCCCUGCAGACAGUCACCCAGCCCUCGACUUACCUCCAGCUAACUCUAAAGCCCACUUCUGUGUCAACGGAGAGGCUGCAGAAAAGAGCAGCCAUGAGAAGGAAGAUGCCAAUGGAGAGUCAGAGCUGGAUCCUUCCAGCGGUGACUGGCAUGCAGAUUCCAGGGACUGCCUCCCCCAGAAGCACCUCUCCCUGAAACUCUGCAACAGGGAGUCAGAAACCAGACAGGCUAUAGAGCAAAUGAAACCUCAUGAGCUAGAGAAUGGGCUCUCAAGGUCAGUGUCCCAAGAGACAGGGCCCAAGCAAGAAGCAAGGCCUCAGAACCUACCCUUGAACCAGAAGUUCUCCCCAGGACCCAUUUCCCCUGAGGAGGAGGACGUGUUUUACAGUGACACUCAGUCUGAUUUUACUCCAUGCCUCCAAACUAAGGCUAAAUUCAGUACCAGCUCUUCAGAUCAAUCCUUUGCCUCUUUUGAUGAUCAGCAAAAGACAUGGUUUAUAGAAGGCCCUCAGGAAGGCCCUCAGGAUGACAGGAAGAAUGAUGUGCAUGCAGGUGACAAUAAGAAGGACAGGAAGGAGAAUGUGAUGGAGAAAACCAAAUCACAGUCCUGUGCCUUAAGUAACAGGCAUAGGUGUGUGGAGGAACACAGACAGGAAGAAUUGCUGGAAAGAGAAGCCGAAGGUUCACUGGGAGGGAGACCUAGGAAGGCAUCAAUAGAGGAGGCCCAUUUCAGAGGCUCUAGGAUGGGGGCAGAUAAGGAUUUAGCUUUUUCACAUGCCAAAGACUCCACUCCCUCACCAGCUUCUACAAACAAGCACAGAUUGUUCCCAAUUAAAGAUAACACCCUCAGGGCCACCCCGGUGAUAAAACCUAUCAUUCUGCCUCUUCUGAGGACAGUGUCAGAGGAUUCACUCAGUGGUGGACACAAAGAGAACGAAUUACCAAAGAAAGGAUGGGUUGAGGAUGCUGGUGGCCUCUGUGCUCUGGAAAGCCAGGAAAUGCCUGGCACCCUACCAUCCAGUGCCAUGCAAGGAACACACAAAAAGUGUGUGGUAUAUGAGGAUGCAGAGGACCCAGUAUACAGGGCAGCCCAGGCUGAAUCCACUCAACACGCAUGGAAAGGGAGUUUCUCGUCUAUACCACUGGUGGGAGAGGGGGACAGGAUGAACCCACCCCCAGAUGCAGCUCAUGAAGUUUUAACCAGUUAUAGGAAGAGUGGGUCUGUGGACUCAGGGAAGCUGACUGGUACACGACACAUCCCCACAAUUGCUUUACCCCCAGAUGACUUAGCACAGACACCCUCCCUGCCACUCUGCACCUCUUUGGAAGAGCAAGGUUUCCAGAGCCACUUUCUGUCUGCACCCAGGGCAGGACCUCAAGGAAGAAGACUGGUCCCCAGUGGGACAGCGACUUCCCCCAACCCCAGCUCCCUAGGAGACAGCAGCACAUGCUCCCCUGCAGCCAGUAGCUUUUGGGAUGAUGCUUCCCAUGCUGCUGGGGAACAGGGGCUAUGCCAAGAGGCUUCUGGCUCCAGGGCCUGGGCCAGCCCGGGCCCAGCUAGGCUCACCCGGAGAGAGGACUUGACACAUAGCCUCACAUGGGAGGCUGACAGCUCAGAUCCCCAACUAGAGCCAUCUGCAGAAGAUCUCAGGACCCUCUCUCCUAGAGGCACAUUGUUGGACAUGGUCACCAGCUCGACAAACGCUCUAGAGAAACCAGAGCCCCCUGCAUUGCUGGAGAGGGCGGCAGGCAAGCCCCCUGCAGUCCCACCCAAGACAGAGAAGGCCCUGCGGCGGGCAAAGAAGCUAGCAAGCAAGAGGAGGAAGAGCGACCAGGCUCAGGAGAAGCAAGCCGAGUCCUGGGAGGGCAAGCCUUGCACCGAGGACACUCAGGGGACAGAGCAAAAGCUGGUGUCCCCUGGAGAGAAGCCCCAGUCCAGGUUCCCUGCCAUCCGCUCCCUGCCCCCUCCAGUGCAUCGCCACUCAGUGUCCUGUGGCUGGGAGCCCAUGGGGAGACGGCCUUGGGGACCCCAGACCCUCACACCCGUGCCCCCUUACCCUGCCACUCAGAAGGUGCUCCAAGAUCCCCAGUCGGGACAGUACUUUGUCUUCGAUAUGCCUCUCCAAGUGAAAAUCAAGACCUUCUACGAUCCUGAGACUGGCAAGUAUGUGAAGGUCUCAGUCCCAUCCUCAGAGGAGGCCUCCUCAGAGCCACCUCUGCAGGAUGCCCUGGCUGCUCCCUAUCUGCUAUACCCUGGCUUCCGGCCAGUGCCAGUGACCUCCUUGAUGCCCCUGCGCUGCUCAUCCCAGCUGGCAGCCCCCACCUUUCUCAGACAAGGAUCUUGCCACAGGCCCCAGAGCACCCAGGGCACUGAACUGCAUGCUGCUCCUGGACCUCAGGGCCAGUCUAGCCAGGGCGCUGCUGCCCAGCAUCCCUAUGAUCCUCCCCAGAGCCCCGAGGAGGAGGGUGCAGGAGCUCCAGGACUGAGCAUCAUCUCCACUGAUGACCUGGAGGACUUUGCCACUGAAGGUGUUUCUUGA